AUGCCUAAAGACAAGAAGUCGAAGACUCCACAGAGCUCAGGUGAAAAUGUACAUAGCCCAAUAUGGUCCGUAACCCGUCGACAGCGUACCGAGCUUUCACCGCGGCGAGACGAUGAAACCGGAUCAACGCAGUCAUUUAGUUCACGGACAGUAACUACUACGGAACGUGUACAAAUGAUCCCACUACCACUCAGUUUUGAAACACCUGUGGACGUCUUAACGCCAAUAGGUCGAAGUGAAAGGUAUUUUGCAACAACAACAAUAACAAGCGAAUCUCACAGCAUACCAAUUAUUAGCGGUAUAGACGCUAAUGGAACCCCACUUUAUACGGGUUUAUAUAUUGUGCCGAAAACGACGGAAACGAAAGAAGUAAGGACGAUGAUGACAACGACAACGACAACAACAUAUAGCGUUAUCGAAAUCGACGACACUGAGGAAGAAUUAAAAGUUGAAACGGAAGAGAAAACGGUAUCAGGAAAUACACAAAUAACGUUGGAUUUUCCGUUAGACUAUGAAGUUGUCGAUUUCGAAGAUUUGGUUGCAGAAUCAUCUACGAAGGAGAAAGAGCACCUCUACGUAGUGGUAGGUAAGAAGGAUUCACCCACACGAACAGCUGAUACAGCAGAUUACGUAGUUAAGAUGAUCGAUAUUGACCUACCAUCCAGUCAAAAACAUUCGCCAAGCAUAGAAAAAAUAUCGAAUGCAGAAAUUGAUGCACUAAAUAAAGAAGGAUACAGUGAUAGGUAUGACGACCAUGACGCUUUUGAAGGAACUAUUGCAUCUACUAGUCGGAGUACUGAAAUAAAUCAAGAACCAAUCCACCGGCACGUGGCUUUAUAUCACAAUGGAGUAUCACCAGGAAAUCCGGUUCCUGAGGAGGAAAGAAUAAGUAGGGAAAUUUCAACUGUAGUUGCUAAACUCUCUGGAGCAUAUAAAACAGCAUCUAUUGAUGGGGAGCACACAGUAUAUACCGACGCAAAAACAGGGCAUGUUCAGCAAGAAACACAAAGCGCACCCUGGCAGAUAGAGUCUCCAAGAAGAUUGAAAUCGACUUAUACAGUUCGCUUCUCCGAACCAUUUCGAAUAGAAGCAGAUGAUUAUUCAUGGAACCGUCAGGAAAGCCAAUCAGAAACAUUACAGAAAGCAAAAAAACAAAGGCAACAGUUUAAUGAGUGCAAAGUGGAAGAAGAGCUGGAACAAACCAAGGCAGAGAGAAAAGAUAUGAAAACAACUGAAGACAAAAGACAAAAAAAAUCGGUUAUUACUGCCAAGGUAAUCACUGGACUCUUCAAAAAGGGCGACACAUACCUGGACUACCCUGUUAUGGAAGCCUAUGAAGGUCCAAUUGAUUCAACUUAUCGGAUACCCGAUGUGGAAAGCGAACCAAUCGAACAUUUGGUUACUGUCUAUCACAGCGGUCGUUCAGAUGAAUUUGUACCGAGUGAAGAAAAGAAACCUACCGUGGAUGUGGGUGAAGUUUUCACAGAUGCUGCUCAAGCACUUGGUGCAAAAAUUACCGGUCUUUUCAAAAGAGGUCCUGCUCAUCUGGAUUAUCCAACAUCUGGCCCAUAUGAUGGACCAUUGGCUUCAACAAGCCUUGCAUCAGAUGUAGAAGGCGAACCACUGCAACAGUAUGUUAGCGUGUAUCACAGUGGGCGAUCCGAUGAACCAGUAACAAAAAUUGUUGAAAUACCUACUGAAAUACCGGUUGAAGAAAUGCCAAUGGAAGAAAAACCGAUUGUUACUGCCAAGAUAAUUACCGGACUCUUCAAAAAGGGCGACACAUACCUGGACUACCCUGUUAUGGAAGCCUAUGAAGGUCCAAUUGAUUCAACUUAUCGGAUACCCGAUGUGGAAAGCGAACCAAUCGAACAUUUGGUUACUGUCUAUCACAGCGGUCGUUCAGAUGAAUUUGUACCGAGUGAAGAAAAGAAACCUACCGUGGAUGUGGGUGAAGUUUUCACAGAUGCUGCUCAAGCACUUGGUGCAAAAAUUACCGGUCUUUUCAAAAGAGGUCCUGCUCAUCUGGAUUAUCCAACAUCUGGCCCAUAUGAUGGACCAUUGGCUUCAACAAGCCUUGCAUCAGAUGUAGAAGGCGAACCACUGCAACAGUAUGUUAGCGUGUAUCACAGUGGGCGAUCCGAUGAACCAGUAACAAAAAUUGUUGAAAUACCUACUGAAAUACCGGUUGAAGAAAUGCCAAUGGAAGAAAAACCGAUUGUUACUGCCAAGAUAAUUACCGGACUCUUCAAAAAGGGCGACACAUACCUGGACUACCCUGUUAUGGAAGCCUAUGAAGGUCCAAUUGAUUCAACUUAUCGGAUACCCGAUGUGGAAAGCGAACCAAUCGAACAUUUGGUUACUGUCUAUCACAGCGGUCGUUCAGAUGAAUUUGUACCGAGUGAAGAAAAGAAACCUACCGUGGAUGUGGGUGAAGUUUUCACAGAUGCUGCUCAAGCACUUGGUGCAAAAAUUACCGGUCUUUUCAAAAGAGGUCCUGCUCAUCUGGAUUAUCCAACAUCUGGCCCAUAUGAUGGACCAUUGGCUUCAACAAGCCUUGCAUCAGAUGUAGAAGGCGAACCACUGCAACAGUAUGUUAGCGUGUAUCACAGUGGGCGAUCCGAUGAACUGUUAACGCCAACACAAAUUACAGAGGUACCUGUAGAAGAGAAACCAAUUGUUGCUGCCAAAAUAAUUACCGGACUCUUCAAAAAGGGCGACACAUACCUGGACUACCCUGUUAUGGAAGCCUAUGAAGGUCCAAUUGAUUCAACUUAUCGGAUACCCGAUGUGGAAAGCGAACCAAUCGAACAUUUGGUUACUGUCUAUCACAGCGGUCGUUCAGAUGAAUUUGUACCGAGUGAAGAAAAGAAACCUACCGUGGAUGUGGGUGAAGUUUUCACAGAUGCUGCUCAAGCACUUGGUGCAAAAAUUACCGGUCUUUUCAAAAGAGGUCCUGCUCAUCUGGAUUAUCCAACAUCUGGCCCAUAUGAUGGACCAUUGGCUUCAACAAGCCUUGCAUCAGAUGUAGAAGGCGAACCACUGCAACAGUAUGUUAGCGUGUAUCACAGUGGGCGAUCCGAUGAACCAGUAACAAAAAUUGUUGAAAUACCUACUGAAAUACCGGUUGAAGAAAUGCCAAUGGAAGAAAAACCGAUUGUUACUGCCAAGAUAAUUACCGGACUCUUCAAAAAGGGCGACACAUACCUGGACUACCCUGUUAUGGAAGCCUAUGAAGGUCCAAUUGAUUCAACUUAUCGGAUACCCGAUGUGGAAAGCGAACCAAUCGAACAUUUGGUUACUGUCUAUCACAGCGGUCGUUCAGAUGAAUUUGUACCGAGUGAAGAAAAGAAACCUACCGUGGAUGUGGGUGAAGUUUUCACAGAUGCUGCUCAAGCACUUGGUGCAAAAAUUACCGGUCUUUUCAAAAGAGGUCCUGCUCAUCUGGAUUAUCCAACAUCUGGCCCAUAUGAUGGACCAUUGGCUUCAACAAGCCUUGCAUCAGAUGUAGAAGGCGAACCACUGCAACAGUAUGUUAGCGUGUAUCACAGUGGGCGAUCCGAUGAACCAGUAACAAAAAUUGUUGAAAUACCUACUGAAAUACCGGUUGAAGAAAUGCCAAUGGAAGAAAAACCGAUUGUUACUGCCAAGAUAAUUACCGGACUCUUCAAAAAGGGCGACACAUACCUGGACUACCCUGUUAUGGAAGCCUAUGAAGGUCCAAUUGAUUCAACUUAUCGGAUACCCGAUGUGGAAAGCGAACCAAUCGAACAUUUGGUUACUGUCUAUCACAGCGGUCGUUCAGAUGAAUUUGUACCGAGUGAAGAAAAGAAACCUACCGUGGAUGUGGGUGAAGUUUUCACAGAUGCUGCUCAAGCACUUGGUGCAAAAAUUACCGGUCUUUUCAAAAGAGGUCCUGCUCAUCUGGAUUAUCCAACAUCUGGCCCAUAUGAUGGACCAUUGGCUUCAACAAGCCUUGCAUCAGAUGUAGAAGGCGAACCACUGCAACAGUAUGUUAGCGUGUAUCACAGUGGGCGAUCCGAUGAACCAGUAACAAAAAUUGUUGAAAUACCUACUGAAAUACCGGUUGAAGAAAUGCCAAUGGAAGAAAAACCGAUUGUUGCUGCCAAAAUAAUUACCGGACUCUUCAAAAAGGGCGACACAUACCUGGACUACCCUGUUAUGGAAGCCUAUGAAGGUCCAAUUGAUUCAACUUAUCGGAUACCCGAUGUGGAAAGCGAACCAAUCGAACAUUUGGUUACUGUCUAUCACAGCGGUCGUUCAGAUGAAUUUGUACCGAGUGAAGAAAAGAAACCUACCGUGGAUGUGGGUGAAGUUUUCACAGAUGCUGCUCAAGCACUUGGUGCAAAAAUUACCGGUCUUUUCAAAAGAGGUCCUGCUCAUCUGGAUUAUCCAACAUCUGGCCCAUAUGAUGGACCAUUGGCUUCAACAAGCCUUGCAUCAGAUGUAGAAGGCGAACCACUGCAACAGUAUGUUAGCGUGUAUCACAGUGGGCGAUCCGAUGAACCAGUAACAAAAAUUGUUGAAAUACCUACUGAAAUACCGGUUGAAGAAAUGCCAAUGGAAGAAAAACCGAUUGUUACUGCCAAGAUAAUUACCGGACUCUUCAAAAAGGGCGACACAUACCUGGACUACCCUGUUAUGGAAGCCUAUGAAGGUCCAAUUGAUUCAACUUAUCGGAUACCCGAUGUGGAAAGCGAACCAAUCGAACAUUUGGUUACUGUCUAUCACAGCGGUCGUUCAGAUGAAUUUGUACCGAGUGAAGAAAAGAAACCUACCGUGGAUGUGGGUGAAGUUUUCACAGAUGCUGCUCAAGCACUUGGUGCAAAAAUUACCGGUCUUUUCAAAAGAGGUCCUGCUCAUCUGGAUUAUCCAACAUCUGGCCCAUAUGAUGGACCAUUGGCUUCAACAAGCCUUGCAUCAGAUGUAGAAGGCGAACCACUGCAACAGUAUGUUAGCGUGUAUCACAGUGGGCGAUCCGAUGAACUGUUAACGCCAACACAAAUUACAGAGGUACCUGUAGAAGAGAAACCAAUUGUUGCUGCCAAGAUAAUUACCGGACUCUUCAAAAAGGGCGACACAUACCUGGACUACCCUGUUAUGGAAGCCUAUGAAGGUCCAAUUGAUUCAACUUAUCGGAUACCCGAUGUGGAAAGCGAACCAAUCGAACAUUUGGUUACUGUCUAUCACAGCGGUCGUUCAGAUGAAUUUGUACCGAGUGAAGAAAAGAAACCUACCGUGGAUGUGGGUGAAGUUUUCACAGAUGCUGCUCAAGCACUUGGUGCAAAAAUUACCGGUCUUUUCAAAAGAGGUCCUGCUCAUCUGGAUUAUCCAACAUCUGGCCCAUAUGAUGGACCAUUGGCUUCAACAAGCCUUGCAUCAGAUGUAGAAGGCGAACCACUGCAACAGUAUGUUAGCGUGUAUCACAGUGGGCGAUCCGAUGAACCAGUAACAAAAAUUGUUGAAAUACCUACUGAAAUACCGGUUGAAGAAAUGCCAAUGGAAGAAAAACCGAUUGUUACUGCCAAGAUAAUUACCGGACUCUUCAAAAAGGGCGACACAUACCUGGACUACCCUGUUAUGGAAGCCUAUGAAGGUCCAAUUGAUUCAACUUAUCGGAUACCCGAUGUGGAAAGCGAACCAAUCGAACAUUUGGUUACUGUCUAUCACAGCGGUCGUUCAGAUGAAUUUGUACCGAGUGAAGAAAAGAAACCUACCGUGGAUGUGGGUGAAGUUUUCACAGAUGCUGCUCAAGCACUUGGUGCAAAAAUUACCGGUCUUUUCAAAAGAGGUCCUGCUCAUCUGGAUUAUCCAACAUCUGGCCCAUAUGAUGGACCAUUGGCUUCAACAAGCCUUGCAUCAGAUGUAGAAGGCGAACCACUGCAACAGUAUGUUAGCGUGUAUCACAGUGGGCGAUCCGAUGAACUGUUAACGCCAACACAAAUUACAGAGGUACCUGUAGAAGAGAAACCAAUUGUUGCUGCCAAAAUAAUUACCGGACUCUUCAAAAAGGGCGACACAUACCUGGACUACCCUGUUAUGGAAGCCUAUGAAGGUCCAAUUGAUUCAACUUAUCGGAUACCCGAUGUGGAAAGCGAACCAAUCGAACAUUUGGUUACUGUCUAUCACAGCGGUCGUUCAGAUGAAUUUGUACCGAGUGAAGAAAAGAAACCUACCGUGGAUGUGGGUGAAGUUUUCACAGAUGCUGCUCAAGCACUUGGUGCAAAAAUUACCGGUCUUUUCAAAAGAGGUCCUGCUCAUCUGGAUUAUCCAACAUCUGGCCCAUAUGAUGGACCAUUGGCUUCAACAAGCCUUGCAUCAGAUGUAGAAGGCGAACCACUGCAACAGUAUGUUAGCGUGUAUCACAGUGGGCGAUCCGAUGAACUGUUAACGCCAACACAAAUUACAGAGGUACCUGUAGAAGAGAAACCAAUUGUUGCUGCCAAAAUAAUUACCGGACUCUUCAAAAAGGGCGACACAUACCUGGACUACCCUGUUAUGGAAGCCUAUGAAGGUCCAAUUGAUUCAACUUAUCGGAUACCCGAUGUGGAAAGCGAACCAAUCGAACAUUUGGUUACUGUCUAUCACAGCGGUCGUUCAGAUGAAUUUGUACCGAGUGAAGAAAAGAAACCUACCGUGGAUGUGGGUGAAGUUUUCACAGAUGCUGCUCAAGCACUUGGUGCAAAAAUUACCGGUCUUUUCAAAAGAGGUCCUGCUCAUCUGGAUUAUCCAACAUCUGGCCCAUAUGAUGGACCAUUGGCUUCAACAAGCCUUGCAUCAGAUGUAGAAGGCGAACCACUGCAACAGUAUGUUAGCGUGUAUCACAGUGGGCGAUCCGAUGAACCAGUAACAAAAAUUGUUGAAAUACCUACUGAAAUACCGGUUGAAGAAAUGCCAAUGGAAGAAAAACCGAUUGUUACUGCCAAGAUAAUUACCGGACUCUUCAAAAAGGGCGACACAUACCUGGACUACCCUGUUAUGGAAGCCUAUGAAGGUCCAAUUGAUUCAACUUAUCGGAUACCCGAUGUGGAAAGCGAACCAAUCGAACAUUUGGUUACUGUCUAUCACAGCGGUCGUUCGGAUAUGUUUGCAACUGUUGAAAAUGUUGAAAAGGAUGAUUUUGUUCCUGCUGAUGCGAUAUCAGCUUUUUCAGGAAGGAAGGUAAUCCUUUCUGAUUACCCUGUUUUGGAAACGUGCGUCGGUCCUUUAUCUCAUCUGCCUUUGUCGCGUGAUGUUGAGUGUCUUCCUUUGCAACAGUUUGUGAAUGUUUAUCAUUCUGGUCGAUCAGAUAUUACGCUCGGCGAAUCACCUCUCCACUUUUUUGGUCGGCGGGAUGAACUAUCCGAUGCUAAGUUUGAGUCUCUACGUUAUCCGUCGUUCAAGGAUAGUUAUUUUCAUGAAAGCGUGCUUCACUCUGAUAAUGUGAAGCCUUUGGUUUCUCCUUCUGUAUCUACUCAUACUGGUAGUGAACGCUUAGUAUGUCAUCCGUUGGAACCACCCACCACGCUUUUAAAGUCGGAACAGAAAUUGUCUAAUUUUGAUGUAUCCAUCAGUAGCAGAAGUGCAAGUGGACGGCCAUUACCAGUAGGUAUUGCACAUCCUGUCCCGAAGGUUCCGGAAUUGUCCAAAAGCAGGCGCUAUGAUGAAAUUUCAGACAUCAGACGCGCCGAAAUGGCGUCAAUACCACAUGAUUUAAAUUAUCAUCGCAAAACUCGUGAAGUAGACUACUGGAUCGGACGACGUUCUGAACGUCAAUCAAAGCCAUGCCGUGAUCUUAGUGCCGAUAUCGGCAUCGACUUAGCAUCGGACGCUAGUUGGGAGGAGCGUAAUAUGUUCGAGAUCCAACCGCUGGAACCAGUUGACAUUCGACAAAGCACCCGAGAUUUCUCAGUAUGUCCCACUAAAAUAAGAACACGCAAGGUCUCUCCAACAGCUAACCUACACUGGACAACGGUCAGUGAGACAACAUCUAUCUCUUAUAAAAAACGCAUCUCUAUUGAACGUCGCCGACCACAUCCAACUUCGUCUUCUCAUCUUGCAACAUAUCGACGUCAGUACCGACCACCACCACCACCUCCCGAAGUUUCGGCUUAUGCCCAUCAGGACAAAGCUAUUUUUGAGAGCAGUACAUUGCCUCGAACAUAUGCCGGCGUUGCAGUAGGAGGUGAUUUACGUAUGCAGCGUGCUCGAUAUGAAACCUCAUCUUUACCCUCUACAUAUUAUACCAGCACUGAAACAAAAAUACGACGUAAUCCUGUUCGCUAUGAUUUGCCACGUCCCUCAACUCCACCACGUUAUGAGUAUUGGACAGGAGAGCGUAAUAAGUGGACCGUAGAAGGUUCGCCAAAAUUUUCAGUUACAGAUCAAAAUGCUUAUUCACCAUACAAUGACCAAUACGUGAGACGUACCAAACAAGAAGCUUUGCACUAUCAGAAAUCUAACCUUGAAGAAAUACCUAUUAUUUCACUGAUAAACGAUUUACCAAUGAUAGAAGAUGGAGCUGAUGAAUGUUCGUGCGCAUCGAUAUUGCCAGCGCCAAAGAUAGAAACACAAGAUUUACCACCUGGUGAGCAUUCCCGUCCAAGCCGUUCAGCGCCGUUGCGUCGUGCAAGACAACGUAUUCGUAAUCUAUGUACGAUGUUAUAA